AGCAGCUGUUAGCCGGACGGAUUGAAGGGGGCGGAGACAGCGGUGCUCAGCCAAUAGGCGUUUGCUUUUGGUAUCGGACGUCACGUGGGAGCUUGGACACGGAGAAGGCCCAUGUCCCUUGGGUGUCGGGAUGGACAGCCGAGCGAGAGCGUAUCCGGGAGGAGCUGGCUAUGAAUUCUAUGACUACACUUAUGACUAUGGUCAAGGCCCCACUGCCUUCACAGAAAACUCUUGGCAAACCUCAUACUUGACAAACCCUGGUAACAGGGCUACGCAUUCUGGACUCUUCAGAGAUGCCUCAGAUGGAACCUUUUCGUCUGCUGGAAGCUCCUAUGAUGUUCCGCAUCACUUUAAAUAUGGAUAUUCUGAACCAGAUGUCCGAUAUGGUAGCAGGAGGGAGCAGCGCUUUUUAUUGCCUCAACAGAGAGCAGUGACUGGAAACAGAGGAUACCCAAGGGGAGAUUUUGGUGCUUCUGCUGUUGAGAGAGGGUUGAGUCGACCCCCUCCUCUCUUUACACCAGGACAAUUUCCUGAUUUGACUGAACAUCAAGGAUUGAGAGCCUUUAAAGUGAACUCAUGCUUUGGUGGUGGAAUUAAGCAACAGAGAAGAAAGUGGAGUAGGAAGUUCAGAUCUGUCCAAAAAACAUCUCUUAAAGAUGGAGGAGCUCCGGAGAAAAAGCAAAAGACACUUACUAGUACUGAAGACACAGAUCUGAAGGACACUGACACUGAAGCAGUUUGUUUAGAUGGAGAAACGGAAGUGGUGGGAAAGAGCCCUAAGGCUGGUGUUGAUGACAAAGAGGGAGAUGCAAAAGAGUUAGGACGGAGUGUGAAAGACAUUGAAGAAACCGUGUCUGAUAAAAAGCAGCAAGACCCACAAAACAGGCACAUCAGGGACAAAAUGCUGGAGAGGAUCCAGUUUGUAUGCUCUCUUUGUAAGUUUCGAACAUUUUAUGAUGAUGAGAUGAACAAUCACCUUCAAAGUGACUUUCACAAGGAGCAUCUACGUUAUGUGAGGAGCAAACUUUACACGCAGAAAGCAGAUUUUUUGGAGGAGUAUGCAACACAAAAGAGAAAGAAGACCAGAGAGAGUCGCCAGGUUAUACCAGACCUUAACUCCACUAUCCAGAAAAUUUACCGGGAUCACGAUCUCACACAGGGUUUGGGGAUGGAACAUUUUGUUAAGAAGGUCGAAGCUGCACACUGUGCCGCCUGUGAUAUGUUCAUUCCAAUGCACUCCACUACUCUGCAGCGACAUCUUAAGUCUCCUUUACACAACCAGAACUGCAGGAACAUGAUGGAACAGUCGAAAAAAUGUGCUUUGGCUGUGGCAAGAAGUAUACUGAAUAAUAAGCUUAUGAAUGAGAAAUUAGACCGCUAUAUUAAGGGUGAAAAUCCUUUUACAGAAGAUCGCAAGGAAAAUAUAAGUGGUAGCAAUGUUGCGGAGAUGUCUGCAAGCCACAAAGAAGGGGGUGCAUUAGCCUCUUCAGCACCAGUGAUGGAAGCAGAUUGUUCACUUGAGGAAGAUAACACUCUGGAGGCUCCUGGAGACAUAGUUGCCAAAAGCCAUCAAUUGGAGGUUCCCCAGAGUACAUUGGAGGAAGAGAGCAUGCUAGAUUCUUUUGCUGUCACAUUGUCACAGGAAAAUAUAUGUGAGGCGACAAAAGAAGUUGAUGUAAAUGCUUCAGAUGAACCAUAGAGAGAAACAGGAUGUGGAAGAGUUUGUCAAAGGAGAGAACUUUUUUUGAAUCCACUAAAAAAGGGUAAUCGAAGCCCUAUCCCUGAGUGUUCAGUAAAAUGUAGCUUGGAAUCAACUUGGAUAAUAACCAGACUACUUCAUUACAUAAACUGCGGGAAAUAGAGGAACAAAAUAAUAUAUAAUUGCUUUUCUUUUUUUCUUUUUCUAGAAACACAAUCUUUAAAAUUAGUUUAUUCCGUUUCCCUUCUCCCAAAUUGGCAAUUCAAAUAACUGUUCAUGUUUAAAAAUAAAAA